AUGGAGCAAGAGCUCGAUGAGGCACUGGCUUACCUUCCGCCUACGUCUCACGGGACUCUACCCAGCAUGGAGGUCUUCCCGGUCCUGGCGCUGGCUAAUGCCAUACGCAUAAAUCUAUAUAAGAAUGUUCCGGGGCAACGCCAUGAUCGAUGCCUGGGGGCAGCGUUUUCUAUGGCAUCAAUGGUAACCCUCGUCACGGAGAAUAACUGCAACCAAGUGGACCCGAUUGUCAGCGCGUGCCUGACUAUAGCCGCCCGGUUAUUGAUCGACCUACUGCCUGAAAACAGCCCUGCGCCUUGCGGUUACGGGUAUCGCGAAGCUCUCAACGUUCUCGUAAUUGCUUUGAGACGUCUGGGCGUGCUAUUUCCGGUUGCUGAGGGCUAUGCUAACUCUUUGGACGAGGAAUGGGCGCGAAUGCGCUUCGUUGUUGGCCCGGGUGGAUGGUUCGUGGUCGUGAUGAUUGAGACUUGGGGAUAUUUACUCGAUUUAUUUUCGAUGCGCCUGAAUUGGCGGUUGGGGGAAUGGACGACUGUUCAGACGAAUUCUCUCAAGAAUCCAGUCCUAAUGGCGCUCGUGCCUGACGAUCAGCCACAGCACGGUUACAUGCUGAGUUACCGAGUAGAUAAGAAGCUGAUGUGGCAAGGUGGCUGA